AUGAAAAUACAUUCAAAAACAUUUAAAAUUCUUGAUAAAACAAUGAAUUUAGUUCAACCAAUCACAUUUCAACGAGCAGCAAGACAAUUUGGAACAUAUUUAAAUAAACAAACAGAUUUGAUGAGAAGUUUUCAUGUUGAAUAUUUAAUUCCAUUAUAUACAAAAUCAAUAGUUGGAAAAAAUGAAAUUUAUCAAACAAUUCGAUUUAUUAAUAAAGGAUUAACACCAGAUGAAAUUAUUGGUAAUAAACUAAUUCAAUUACCACCCAGACUUAAACAAAAUCCAUAUUUACAAGAAUUUUAUGUAUUUAUAGGAGUAUACAUGCAGUAUUUAGAUUGGUUUAGUGGGAAAACAUCGACUCUAAAUUUGGAUUCGCCGAAAACUUAA